AUGAUGCACACGCUGACGGUCCGGGAUAAACUAGAUGCGUUUAUCCGCUGGUUUUCAGUUGUCGCGGAAGCAACAUAUGCUGCAGCCACUGGGUUCUUCCGAGGCCCUCAGGGGCAGAUACCUGACGAGGAGAUUCAGACCGCUGCAACUGCAGUAAGUACCGCAAAGAUCGAGGAAUGUACACAGUUAACAGAGAAUAGAUACAUGUUCAAGUCUUAUGACCAACUCUACAUGCAUUACUGCCAAAAGAAUGAUCUCAAGCCACAUUUCGUCUCGAAUAUCCGCGGGCUGAAAGGAUUCUGGAUUGGUAGUCCCUCCGCGAAAUAUAUUGCCAUCAACUUCCACGGUGGUGGUUUUGCCAUGGAUGCGACAGCUCCCUACCUUGAUUUCUGGCCGCGGAUACAGAAGAGUCUCGCAAAUUCUGGUAUAGAAACGGCAUGGUUCCAUUGCACAUAUACAUUGACACCGCAUGCGGGGUAUCCGACUCAGUUUCAAGAAGCCGUUGAAGCCCUACGGUAUAUUCUAGAGGAUGUUGGGCGGUCACCGUCGCAUAUUCUACUAGCUGGAGAUUCGGCUGGCGCGAAUUUGUGCUUGGCAAUACUGUCCCACUUGACGCAUCCCUCCGAAGACGUGCCGGAGUUAAUUAUCAAGGAGCCUAUUAAAGGCGUUAUACUCAUGUCUCCAUGGGUCUCGUUUCAUCACAGCUGGCCGAGUGUAGAAGCCAGUGAACACAGGGAUAUCGAUGCAAGGGAGGUCAUGACGGAGUGGUCGCGAGCGUAUCUGAAUGGGUGGCCGUCCAACAACUAUAUCGAAGCGGCAGAAGCAUCAGAAUGGUGGUGGGACAGCAUCCAAGUGCAGCAGACUCUGGUACUUGCUGGGGGUGACGAAGCUCUAUUAGAUCCAAUUAAAGCGUGGGUGAAUAGGUUCAAAGUUCCAAAUCCUGAUACGACCCUGGUAAUUGGGGAAAGAGAAUGCCAUGUUGCACCUCUGGUCUGGCCGAUGUUUGGUGACUAUCACGAAACCCAGCAGGAGCGGGCAUUGAAGCAUUGGCUGCUGGAACGGUUAGGUUGA